UUCAACACAAUAUGGCGUUUUUGGUGGGAGUUUUGGCAUUAUUAGCAGUACGGCUAUUCCUCGCUGAUUUGGAAUAGCUGGUGGAUGGAGUUUGUCUACUAGUGUGUUAAAGUCAUUAUAGGAACAUCCGUUAAAAUGGCAGAUUGCAAGCAAAGUGUUCAUGAGUUUAUUCAGAGCACGUACAGUCCAAUGGUCGCAGUGCUUUGCAGCAACGAUGCUGAGUCAGUGUGUCAGAAGAAUAACCUUUGCUUUAUUGAGCUUGUUCAGCCGUUCUGUCGAUUGACAUCAGAAGUUCACAUUCGAGAUCCCAGCAACUUAUCGCAUGCAAUACACAACCUGAAAGUGAUUAUGAAGGAGUUUGACUCAUUGCCGCCACAGCCACUACUUGCUAAAAAGAUGCUGAGUGAAGUAGUUAGCAGUUGUCAACCUACACCUGGUGACACAAGUGCUGUGAUGACAGGCGAAUACAAUCUUCACAUUGCUACUUCAACGCCGUGGUAUGAACAGUACAGGGAAGAUUUUCUACAGGUUCUACCACCUGCUGAGCAUGAGUUCUUGAGGCAUUAUGUUGCAUGUAUUUUUGUCGUGUCCACCAACCAUGCAGAGCCAUUGGACAUAUUUCAUAAGUUAAAUCAGCAGCAACACCAACAGCAGCACCAGACCCCGAAGAAACUGCCCAAGUGGUUCUCCCCAAAUAUAUUCAAGUAUUAUGUUCUUCUACACGAUGUCACAGAUGGAGAGGAGUCGAAGGCUGAGGCAGUGUACCAGAGCAUGAAGUCGACGUACGGUGCGCACGCGUGCCACUUGCUACAGAUCAACUCUUGUGACCAGAGAACAGCCCAGUAUAGCUCAGACAUAAUGCCUGACCCCUGGAGCCAGUUUCUAGGCAGGAAGUUUAACAUUGUGGAUUCCUCCCCGGACGACGAGGCACCGUCACUUCCGGAGCCUCCCGCUCAGUGCUUGCCGCUGGAGCUCACGACCGACGGUCAGGCAACGUUUCCCAACUCCGUCAUGGAGGCGAGUUUGUCUCCCAGCCAAUCAGACGGCGUGCUCAUUAGCGAGAGCAGCUUCGUCGAGAAUGCGUCCGAAGCGACAGAAGGAUCGGAAUCCUCAUUGUCAUCCACCAACCCAGUGGAGGAGAUAGUAGACCAUCCAUUAUUGCCUGACAAUGAGGAGCCACCUGGUGGUGACCUUCACAAAAAGCAUGCACCAUUGCAGAACCAUGUCAAUAAUGACCCACUGUUUGAAGACCCUCUUGCCACGCUACACACGAGCAUAGAGAAGAGGAAACACAUGCCACACGGCAUCUGUCUGACCUUGAGUGACCACGAUAGACUACGGAUCUUCGUGCACGAGUUUUGCGUUCGUGGUCUGCUGCCUUAUGUGGAGAGACAGAUACGAACACUUAAUGACCAGUUGAUGUCCCGAAAAGGAAUUCACCGUUCGCUCUUCAGUGCCACCAAGAAGUGGUUUGGGGGUAGCAAGCCAGUCACGCAAGGCUUGAACCUUCAAAACACAUUACUGUCCUAUGGAUCGGAAUCGCCGGAAUUGCAGGUCAGGCGGUUGGCAGACCUCUGCUUCAUGUUCCAAAUGUAUGAGCUCGCAUAUCAGUCCUACCAUACAGCCAAACGAGAUUUUAGCACGGACCACGCGUGGCCACACUUUGCCGGCUCGCUGGAGAUGGCAGCACUCUCUGUGUUCAUGCAGGGUGUAAAUUCCCAGAGACAGUAUCCAAACCACUACAUGGAGACUGCAAUUUCCACAUACCUGUCUACCUGCAAAUUACCAGAGUAUGCAACAAGAGCGACGAUGUUUUCUACAGAAGUGUUAAAAUACACUAGUAACUACAGCGACGCUGCAAUUAAUUUGAUAAAGAUGACAAGUGAGGAUUCGGACCUGCGCAGUGGCUUGUUGCUAGAGCAGGCCGCCUACUGCUUCAUCCACAUGCCGAAGCCCAUGGUGAGAAAAUAUGCAUUCCACAUGAUACUAGCCGGUCACAGGUUCAGCAAAGUUGGUCAGCGAAAGCACGCGCUACGGAGCUACUGCCAGGCACUGCAGGUCUACAGAGGGCGCCACUGGAGCCUGGCGGAGGACCAUAUCAACUUCACGAUCGGGCGGCAGUCGUUCAACCUGAAGCAGCUGGAGAAUGCUACGAACGCCUUCAAGCACCUGCUCACCAACGACAGCCAGCAGACGGCCUCGCAACAGAACGCCUUCGUACGCGAGUACCUCUUCGUGUACAAGCAACUGCUUGCACAGACGGAGCAAGAAGGAUGCAUUAUGCUCGCACAACUUCCUCUUCCUGUCAUAGAUGGCACCACUAUCAAACUGAUAACUGCAAUGCAUCCUACAGCUGGCCAAACCGACGGAGACGAGGCGGCGGUGGGGGCGGGCGAGCCGAUCAGCGCGGACGUCGCGGUGUGGGAGCGGCUGGAGCAGAUUGUCUGCACGCAGCUGGACGUGGACGCUGGCGGCGGCGGCAGCCUGCAGCGCGCGGCCGCCUUCCGCCCCACUAUCCAGUGCUUCACGCAGCACACGAACAACACACACCACCCGCUGACCGUCGUCGAUGGUACGUGUCCCCACCUGCACGUGAGGUUGACGCCGCACAUGACGGGGAAGCUGCACAUCACAGGGUUGGGUUACAACCUCGGCACGCAGCCCGUCGCUCCGGAGACCGCGUCCGAAGCCUCUGCUGCCGGCGCGAAGCCGAGCUUCAUCAGUACGAUCACCGUGCGUGGCAAGCAGAGCCUCGAGGUGCAGGGUUUGCGGUUAAACAGCUCAAAGGCAGAGAAAGCGAGCAGGGAGUAUGCAGACGACCACAGGCUGGACCCAGUUGUCGUGCCCUCCAUGCCCUGCCUGCAGGUGUCUCUGCGCGACGUUCCGCCUGCGAUGCUGUGUGGAGAGCUGCGGCGUGUCUCGUUAGAGCUGCGCAACGCCGGCCGCUCGCCUCUCCGCCACGUCUACGUCGCCACCUCGCAUCCCGAGUUCCUUGCCUUCAGUAACCGCGGCGACGACGUGGCAACGACAGGCGGCGGCGUCACGGCGAUGACGGCUGGCGGCGGUGCGGUACGUGUGGCGAAAUGCCAGCACUCCUUAGUCAAGCGAGUGCCUCUGCCGCCAAGCGGGUUGCCACCAGGUGGCGCUGUCACGUUGCCGGCAUGGAUACGUGGGUUGAAUACGUCGGGCCGGCACAAGGUGCACAUGCUCUUCUACUAUCUACCCCAGGAGACGACGUCAAAGCUUAGAUAUCGGGUGCUCAGGUACACAGCCUCGCUCACGAUGAAUGACUCCGUCGCCGUGCAAGCGACCGCGUCCAGACAGUAUUCCGACUGGCAAGAAGGACUCGUAGUCAGUCUAGAAGCGGCCAAUAUGAACCAGGUGCAGGACAGUGCAAUAACAGAGGUCAGCAUGACGCAGGUUAUCUGCGCCAGUAGCAGCUGGACUCUUCACCCUCUCAGCCAAAUACACAAACAGGAUGUGAAGUUAAACCCUGCUGAGAAAACCUCGCUGUGUUUCAAGUCUGUCAGACUGCCAUCUAAUCAAGGUGUGGAUGAGGCGGCGAGCGCAGUGCACUUCAGCUGCGCAUACAGCGACAACGAGAGCGGCGGCGGCGGCGACGACGACGACGAGACGUACUCCGCUGCCUUCCUGAUGGCGACGCUCUACGACGGCCAGCAGACAGACUGGAUGAGCGCGCUGCUCAGUCGCACCGGCCACCCGCAGCACCACCAGCAGCAGCAGCAGCAGCAGCGGAGGCAGCCGGACACGCGACGGGACGCCGCCCUCGAUGUCGCCGUCCGCGUCGACCUGACCGUCAUCGUCUUCUGGAAGGCGUUCGUCGUGAAUGAGCUGGGAAGCAGCACAACUGUGUAUGGCCGACAUCAUUUACAAGUAGAAACAUUAAACACAAUCUGUGGUACCCUCCCUAUGCCAACGCCAACGGUGAAGCCAGUGAUGAAGUUCGUUAAGGACGCUAACGAGCAGUCGGAGCCUGUGACGCCUGCUCUGCUUACCGAUGCUAGCACCCUGGAGCAGCUGGUGACGUACUGCGUACGACAUCCGGCUCUCAUUCAGCACGACUUCACACAGAACAGGCUGUGCGUGGCACGCGCGACCGUUAUCUUGCACAACUGCUGCGAGGAGCCCGUCAGCGUGCGCCUGAACACGAGCAGCCGCGACACGAACACGACCAGCACCGACGGCGACGCUGCGGAGCCGGCACCAUCACCGGCGCCACCUGCCAGUUUCGACCGCUUCACGUGGGCGGGCGCCUCGUUUGUGAACGUGCGGCUGCGCGCGCGGCAGACGGCCGAGCUGCAGCUGCGUGCCUGCGUCUGCCGGCCGGGCGUCUUCAACCUCAGCGACUUUGCCGUCACUGCGGCGCCCGAUAGCGGUGCCCACCAGGGGGAGCUGCAGCGGCCGAUCCCGCAGAGCCUCGUCAUCGUCCAGCACAGCGAGUCCUGAGCCUCACAGAGUCGCCACUAGGAGUCGCCUCAUGUGCCGCGCGCUGGAAUUCGGGCGGCGGGAACUCGGGAAUGCGUCGGUGAGCCGCCGCUGGGAGGGCCGUAUCGUGGUGAUGGACUCGCGCGCUCAUGGAAUACGUGCGGCGAUGACGACGCGGGAAUAGGCUGUGAUGAAGUGUAGUGAUAGGUGCGAAGUUGUGGGCGAGACAGCGUUGUCUUCCGCCUCAUCCCUGCAGAUGUGAGAACGGGCCUGCUUGCUCUCUUCUAGGGUUAUCGCUGGCGUGCGAGCAUGUAUUUGUGUGCUGCCUAUGCGCGUGCAUGCAGGCCUGUGGGUUGGUGUGUGUGUGUGCGUGUGUGUGACCGUCCGUGCGUGCGGGCGUACAUGCGAGUGUGUGUUCAUGCAUGCGAAAGUACGCGUACGUACGAUUUUGUUCUUGCUUAUGCAUUCAGAGAUGUGAGCAUGUGCACGCAUUAUAUGUACAUAUUGAGCAGACACUCUUUGUCCAGUUGAAUUGGGCUGGUUGCUGUUUUUAAGCAUGAGAAGGGUGAAUUGCAACUGUAUUGCUUAGAUCAAUAAUUGUAUUUCACGGUAAAAUUCUCGAGCAUUUGGGUAAAAUGUCAGAUGCCAAAUUUUGGUAUUAUGAAUAAUAGUUGUUUUGGAGUGUAUGAUAUCCCGGUCCCUAGCGAAAUAUAUCCACUGUUAUGCUGUGUGAACACCUUAAAGGAUACAUUUAUUUGGCACAGUUCCCCACAUUCAUCGACCCAACAGAAUUUGCUUGAUAAUUGCUCGAGAAAAAACAGUCAUAGGCGUGUAUAGUGAAGACCUGUCUCAACCUAUUCACUGUGUACAUGGUACCAGUAACAGAAUCGCUUGGAAUAUUUGUCUUCAGACUUGCAUAAGGUUUAGUACAUCGUUACUUGUGAGAUAGUCAAACUGGGGCAGUAAUUGCAUAUAGCGUACCCGGGUACAAAACGAUAACUGUAAAAAAGCUGUAGGUAGCGUUGUAGCGUAACACACUAGAGGCAGUAGCAGUAAGUUGCUACGUUGGCGGUUAAGUGAGCAUGUUUUAUUUAGAAAUUUUGUGAAUAUAUUGUCCUUACUAUAUGACAUACGUGUAUACACGGGCCUCCGAGACAAUUUAAGCUGAACGAGCGAGAAAGAAAUGCAUGUACUUGAAUUAAGUAAGACGUUCAGCCGAAGUGUACAUCUAAACUAUUGUUGUUAAUUUAUUAUUUUGUUUUGGAGCGGUUGCAUUCCACUUGUCAUUAUAAAUAUUCAAGCAGUGUAAAAAUCAUGGUUAAGGUGUGCAGAGUACUAAAUUUACUAAAUAAAUAAUAAUAUUAUAAAUAUACUAUACUUUA